AUAUUAUCUGAGGGGUUAGAUGGCUUGUAUUGGCUAUUAACUAGUCCACGUGACAUACUUAUCUAUAUAUUAAAACAUCAUCGGAAGUAUAGCGCUAUAGUGUUGAACCGUGUCUUUACGACCAAAUAGAGAGGACGUGACCCGUAUAGUUUAUAAGGGUAACAUCAUGUUGCAUAUCGUGUUGAUUGUUGUAGUAUUAUUACACCAAACAAAUGGACAUGGGCGUUUGAUUGAUCCACCGUCCAGAGCGUCCAUGUUUAGAUUUGGAUAUAAUACCCCUCCGGAUUAUAAUGAUAAUCAAGGAUUUUGUGGUGGAAAAUAUAGACAGCAAAAGAAUAAUGGACAAUGUGGGGUUUGUGGUGAUCCUUGGGAUGCAGCAGAAAAACCUCAUGAAGCAGGGGGUAUAUACGCCACGGGACAAAUUGUUCGAACCUACAAGACUGGAGCCCUUAUAACAGCCACUGUCCAGAUCACAGCAAAUCAUAUGGGAUAUUUUGAAUUCAGAAUAUGUGUUAAUAAUGACGUCACUAAACCAGCAACCCAUGAGUGUUUGAAUAAACAUUUGCUUGAACUUGAAGAUGGAUCUGGGACCAAGUUUUUCAUUGAUAAGCAAUCGGGGUAUAAAAAUGUUUCUCUUAAACUACCUGAAGAUGUUGUCUGCUCACAAUGUGUAUUUCAAUGGAAAUACCAUACCGGUAACAGCUGGGGAACUAAUCCUGACGGUAAAUCGUGUGUAGGAUGUGGACCACAAGAAGAAUUCUAUGCUUGUUCGGAUAUUGCUAUUGCAUCGGAUAGUAUGGUUACAAAGUCUCCUGUAGCCAGCGUUACAGUACCCACAAAGUCCAGAGUAGCCAUUGGCAUGGUACCGAUAGAAAUGCUGACAACCAGACUACCUAAAGCCCGUAAAACCUCCUCAUUCGCACCAAUACAAGCAUCCCAAAGCCCUUCCCUCAAUAAAAAUUGUCACGCAAUCGGAACUUUCGCAAACCACCAAGCUUAUAAUAACUGGUGUGUAGCGAAUUGCGCUCUUGGUAUAUGCCCAGGUUAUCUGUGCAGCUGCGAUGAUGGUAGUGACGACGAUGAUGUCCCUUAUGUCCUUGAAUGUAACUCAUACGGCAUUUUUAAAUCCAAAUGUAUGGAUCAAUGGUGUAAAACGAAUUGUCAGCUGGGAUUCUGCCCAAAUACUCACUGCUUAUGUGCAUAAAUAAAAAGACUUUCAUGAACAGUUUCAAUGGUCCUAUCACAUUCUCUUUAUAACUUCCAUUUUUGUUUUAUGUUACCUGUGUUUCAUACUAUCCAAUGUCUUCUGAUGUGUUCAUGCUUUUAUUGCAUUAUUCACUUUCUCUUUGGCGAGGGGUAAAUACAUAUGCAAGUACAUAUAUAAAUUUUUUUUAAAAACAAUCCUAUUUUGUAA